UUCUUGCCAUUUCUAAAAUUCUUAUCUCACUUUAUAAUUUACUCUCUCAAAUACUCUUUGCAGAUUCAUGUAUUUGCCAUCAGGAAAAAGAAAGUAUUGAAACCGUCUAGUUUUUGUUAAUUAUAAUCAGUAUUUACCGUCUUUUGGACUUUUUAAGGUUGGAAUUGGAAUUUAGAAGGCGGCUUGACAACUGGGUCAAGCUCUAUUUUGCAAAAUAUUUAGGGAAGGAAAAAUGCAAUCUAGAAGGGAGGAAGACCAUGGAACAAGGUCAUCUAGGGCAGCUAGGUUGAAGGACCCAACGGAUAUCAACCCUUAUUUGAUGCCUAGUAGGGAGGUAAAGGAAAGGUCCCCUCGACCUCGGAGGAGUUUAAGCCCACCUGGUAGAGUGGGGGGAGGUGGAGAGAGGAGAGGUGGGUCAUUUGAGGAGGGUAGGGAUUUGGGUUGGCAAGUGGGUGGUUGGAACAUUGGAGCUGAAAGCGAGAAUUUUGGCUCCCACUCACCCCGUUUUGGCAGAAUGUAUGAGGAGCGGCGCAAUUAUGAUGAGAGGCUUUCCAGCAGGGAUGAGUUGAGAAGAAAUUACCAUUUUUGUGAUGUUUUGGAUUACAGAGAUGAAUUUGAUCCUGGUUUGAACCAUAGUAGUUUCAGAGAUAAUGUUGAUCGAGAAAGAGUUUUGCACAAUGCCCGUGAUCAGCUAUCGAGUGGAAAACCGAGGGUUUUAGGGAGUACAUAUCACAAAGAAUAUAGGUCCCAGUCAGACGUAGAAUACAUCUCAAGACAUGCUGAAGAUGCUGGAAGGUCUUCACUGUCGUCAAGAAAUCUAGAAAAUGCUAGAUCUAAUGAUGAAAGCAUUGGGUAUCCUGACCCUUUUCUGCUUGAAAAGUUGUUGGCUCUGGAAGAUGCUUCUUAUUCCAAAGGAUCAGCAUCUCAUUCCAAAGAUAACUCCCAGUUUAAGGAAUUUGCUGCUACUUCUUCGAGAAGCUUAAGGGAAAAUAUGAUGGGCUCUUACCAUGAUAACAGGUCAUUGCCUAUGGAAGUUCACCCAAGCAGCUCAGCCCAACCAGUAGAACAGUAUACUUUUGCUGAAGUCCACCAAAGGCAUAGUUUAGGUACGCGAAGAAAUUCUAAAGCAAAUCAUGACAAUUUGCUACGCUACAAGAGGGCUGCAUUUAGUCCUUCAGUUGUUGAGGGUAGGGAACAGGAUUACCUAUAUUCUAAAAAUGGUUUUCAAGAGAAUGAUGAUUAUAUUUAUCCAUCAGAAGAGUUGUAUGGAAGAAGGCGUCAUCACGCUGAUGUGGCCUACUACCAACGAGAUGUCAUAAAUUCAAGUGUCAUGGAGCCAAACAGGCAGGAUGUGGUUCAUGCCAAUUCUCAGAGAGGCCUUAGAAGCAGCAAUUCUUGGAACAAUCCAUCUUCACAAGGUCAAUUGGCCUCCAAGUACCGUUUUCCCAACAGAUCAUUACCAGCAGUAGAUGAACUAGUUAGACUUCGCGUGGAACCUGAGAGUGCUAAUGUUGAAUUUGAUCAUAGAUUUUUAGGAGAAACAGAAGUUUCCAUGCUGAAUUUUGCUCCUAAUGAUGGUUUGUCACAAAGAACUACUUGUACUUCUAACAGAGAUGGCGCAGAAAGCAUGAGGUCAUCAUCUGAUAAUCAAUAUCAGAUGGAAAUGCAGGACUUAAGGAGGAAAGCCAUCUCUUUGGAUGAGCUUGAUGGCUAUGACCCUCCAAGAAGGUCAUUGAAGCGGAAGCAUGAUAUUGAUGAAGAAUGGAGUAGGCAUAGAACUAGAGAUACAUUAUUAGGUAGCACCUAUUAUCAGAAUAAUUCAGAAUAUCAAAAUCAAAGAGAUGAAGAGCAGAAUCAUCAAGAUGCCAUGAAUGUAUUACCAUCCAAAACUUUGAAAUACAAUCACAACGAUUAUAGAGGGGCAGGAAGAAAAGUUGAUUUUGUAGACUACGGAGGAGAUAUGAUAUCUGAUGAUCAGUGGUUGUAUUGUGAUCCAGUGGAUUACAAGCAAGAGUAUUCUGGCAAACCAUUUAAACCUGGAAAAAGAAUUCUAAAAGGUCGACCAAGACACGGGUUUUUGGACUCUGAUAACUCAAAGACUUUGAACAAAAGAUGUUCUCUUACACAAAAUGUCUGGUUAAGAGGUAAGAACAGCAAAGAGCUAGAUGAGUCUGCAUUUGAAACACAGGAAUCAAAAAAUUGGGUGAGUUCUUCUGAGUCUGGUCCACUAGAGGAGUCCAAGGAGUUUAAGGAACUGGUGCAGGCAUUCUUCCUAUCUUUCAGUAAGAUGCUGAAUGAAAAAUUAGGUACUCGAAAUAGGUACAAAGAACAAGGGCGGGCUGGUAGCUUGUUCUGCAUCGUUUGUGGCAAAAGUCUAUCAAAAGAGUUCAAGGCCACACAAGGCCUGGCUACACAUUGCUUUAUGUCAAAAAAGGCUGGAUUGAGAGCACAGCACCUGGGACUUCACAAGGCAAUUUGUGUUCUGCUGGGUUGGAGCACUGUGGUGGGUGCAGAUGUUAUUACAUUCACUCCACAAGCUAUUUCCAGUUCUGAAGCUUUAGCCCAGAAGGAAGACCUCAUACUCUGGCCACCAGUUGUCAUUAUUCAUAGCAUUUCUAUGUCAGCUGGUCUUCCAAAGGGACAAAAGGUCUUCACUGAAGAAGCAGUGGAGGAUUUCCUCAGAGGUAAGGGUUUCAGUGUCGGAAAAAUCAAGGUGUGCCAGGGGAUGUCAGCAAACAACAUAAUGGUGGUAAAGUUCUUGGGUACUUUUCCUGGUUUGCGAGAUGCUGAAAAGCUUCACAAGUACUUUUUGGAUGACAAGCACGGGAGAAUAGAUUUUGAGCAAAUGUCUUUGGUUAAGGGUAAAGACGACAACAAAAAGAAGGAAAUAAUGCAGGCAGACAAAUUUGAGGAAUAUGUACUCUGCGGCUACAUGGCAAUAUCUGAGGACUUGGAUAAAGUUGAUUUUGAGACCAAGAGAAAAUGUUCUGUGAGGAGCAAGAGGGAGAUUGAAGAUAUUGCUGAGGAGCCUCUCAAGCUCUAAAUAGGUUUUUAGCUAAUAUGACUGCUGCUAUCUUACUUGCGAUUUGCAUGAUGAAGAAAUCAGGUAUAGUUUUAGCUGUCUUUAAGUCCCUUGUUAUUGCUGACUUUCCGUAAUAUGCGGAUGAUGCAUUUGGCAAAUAAUGGCAAAUUGGAUGUACCACCUUUCCCUCUUAAAUCUUUUGUAGCCUGCUUUUGUUCAGGGGAAUUUUUAGCAGUUUAAAGUUAUCUGACAAAUAUCCGAAAGUAGUAAAUGUUAACAAUUACUUAGUAAGCUUUGGAAUUC